AAAGUAAAAGCGUGAACAGUCUGAGAGUAAAACAGCGUUACAACAUUUGACUCCUGACCAGAAGAAAAGAAGUCCCAGAAGACAGUGAGCUCUCUUAACAUGAUGCCUACAGCUACAGGCAUGUCCCACAUGAUACCCAAUCACGUUCUGAGAGUGGGUCAAACUAUCCGCCUGGACUCGGCACAGGAGACAGUCAAUCAACAUCCCAGUCUCACAGAGCCUAACGGUAACCAUGGUGACUCCGAUCUCGACAUUUCCCUGGAUAAUCUCAACCAGCUCAUCCUGGAACUGGAUCCGACAUUUGAGCCCAUUGAGGUCAACAAACCCCCCCCAUGUGUCAGCCCUCCUACAGAUGGCUUCUGCUCAGAUGAAGAUGUCUCCCACUGUGUGCUGGUCCCACGAGGAUGCUCUCCUGGCUCCCCAGCCAACAUGAUCCCAUCUGUGUCACCCAGUAUACCCAUCCCUACACAGAGCAGUCUCAGCUGCAGUCCCCAUGGCACACUGGUGUUCUCCAGCUCCCCUACAUCCUCCCUGCCUCCCCUGCCAUGUGGAAGCGUGCCCCGUCGAAAUCCCUCACCGAAGAAUGACAUAGCCUUUUCCCAAGGAUCCCUGCGCUUGUCACACUCCAACAGAAAUAGUGCUGUCUCGCUCCUCUCCAUGUCAACAUGCUCAGACACCAGCUACAUGCUUGGCAGCAACCUGUCCCUGGCCAGUGAAGAUGCUGACUCUCCAGAGUCCAUCCUUACUUGUCCGUCCGGCUCCUUCAGUGAUGGGUCCAGAAUAAGGCCAUUUGAUAGCAGAUACAGCCCAGACAAACCCACGCUGACAAAGCAGCUUCACAGUAGAGGAGCGCAGAGCAGUCCUGCUUCACUCUCUGGCUCCUUGACCGAUAUACCUGUGCUGCUAGUCAACGGUGCACCACAGCCAGAGCUGCACAUCAAGUCUCCUGGACCAGAAUUUGACUUGAUACAGAUGAUGACUGCGUCCAGCCCAAAGCCAUGUUCUCCUCACAGUUUCCAAGCCCGGUUUAAUGGCAGCCAGCCCUCAAUGAAAUUUGUCAUGGACACUUCAAAGUUUUGGUUUCGUCCACACAUCAACAGAGCAGAAGCUGAGGCCCUGGUGAAGGACAAAGAAGCAGGAACAUUUGUGGUGAGAGACAGCACCUCCUACAGAGGCAGCUUCGGUCUGGCCAUGAAGGUGGACCAGACUUCAGACAACUUCACUGCUAGCGCCUACCCAGAGGAGAGCCGUUCCGAUCUGGUCAGACACUUCCUCAUUGAAUCAUCGCCUAAGGGUGUGCGCCUUAAAGGCUCUUCUCAGGAACCGUACUUUGGUAGUCUCUCUGCACUUGUUUACCAGCACACUAUUUCUGCUUACGCUUUACCCUGCAAAUUACUGCUCCACCCCCAAGAUCAGGGAGCAGCAGAAGAGAGAACGAAUGACAACGCAGCAUCAGAGGACAAGAGUAAAACAGCUUGCAAUUUUAUCUACCUGAAUGCUGUCCCCACUGAGAUGCUGACGGGCCCUUGUGCAGUGCAGAAGGCAGUGACCUCCACAUUCAAGAAGCCCUCGGGCUCUUUUAUACCAACCAUAGUAAAUAUGAAGGUGUCUUUGAAGGGUGUCACACUGACAGACAUCAACAGGAAGCUCUUCUUCAGGCGCCAUUACCCUGCUCACCUCCUUAGCCACAGCAGUGAAGAUCCAGAUAACCGACUGUGGACGAAAGGUUCCAGUUUUGGUGCAAGGAUAUUUGGCUUUGUGGCAAAAGGUGUAGAGGCUGGCAUGGAGAAUGUGUGCCACGUCUUUGCAGAAUAUGACCCUCUGCAGCCAUGCAACAAAGUCAUUGAGGUUAUGCAGGCUGCCAUAACAAAGACAUAGACACAUAAGGACAAGGACUACAACAUGAUAAUAUGAAAGGGGUCUUAAGGUCCUACCUACCUACACUGUAUCUCACUGUACUUUUCAACAUAAGUGUCACAACUACUGCUGUUGUUAAACUGGACAAUUUACUGUAUCUGCUGGAUUACAAUAACAGUAAAACCUGACUACUCAGCCUCGUGCGAUGGUCUGACGAUGAAAGCCAUGUUAAGACGGGUAACUGUGGCAUGUGGCUUAUAUGAAGAUAUACAAGACUGAAUAGCAACAUUUAACUGUAAUUAAAUUACACGCUAUCACUAUUUGAAACAAACACAACAAUACUGAUGUAAGUCUUAAUAUAUGAAGCUUGCGAAACAUGAUUUCAAUGUAAUGUUUUUGUAUAAAAUGUUAGCAAUAUCGACUAGGGCUUGGUAAAGCAGUUGAUUUGUCUAAUUCCUUGAUGCCGAAUGAUUCCCGUGUAAAUUCAGAUGUCAGUGUGCACUAGCCAAUACUUUAAAAUAUAGUGAUGAGGGAUUUUGAAGGUUCUGUUAAUAGACUUGAAGAAAAACAGCCGACAUACUGUCAUGUCCUUUCAUUUCAAAACAGAAACUUGGCAGAUACCUUAUGUAUAGUUCAGAAUGUAUUUAUUGUACUGCACUGUAAACAGUUCUUCCUCUGUAUAUUCGUGUAUUUUUUAAAUUGUUAUGAUGAAAAAUAAACAUGUUAAACCUG